AAAACUAGUUUCUUAAUACAAAAAACCUUUUCCCCAGGACGUGUGAUCCCCGGAGCUCAGCCCGAAGAAGGUUCUCUCCAAGUCUCCGGCUCCUACUCCUACAUCGGUGAUGAUGGAGUCACCUACACCGUGACGUACACAGCUGAUGAGAACGGGUACAGAGCUGAAGGCGCCCACCUGCCGACCCCACCACCAAUCCCAGAGGAGAUUCUCAAGAGCCUGCAGCUCACUGACAGGUCUCAAGGACAAUACGACAGCAAUAAGAGCAGCUACGAUGCCGACGCGGGCUACUAAAAUUAUACAACAUACUAACAACCUUCUUCUUACAAAUAAGUCAUGGACUUUAAAAGGCACUUUUAUGACAAAUAUUCAA